AUGACUGCCUACCUGCCCACGGGCCCCGACAUGGCCAGCCUCGAGGUCCUGGCGGGCGAUGUGCGGUUGCAACUUUUGGAUCCGGAUCUCCUCGACAUCACCCCUGUCGGCAGCGCUGUGUCGCACAAGAACCAGACGAUGUCCACCCGCGAAGAAGAGUACGCUGCGCAAGCUGUGCUGUCCAACUACCAGGACGGUUUCUUCCAGGCCCUCUCCUUCGAGGGCGCCUUCCUGGAUUGCAAGGCUGGGGCGGAGGCCGAGAAGAAGCAGCGCAUCGAGGGCCCCGUCGGCCCGAAGAUCUUCGUCGGCUCCCUGCCCGACACCACCAACGAGGAG